AUGGCUAUGUCCCCGCGGGCCUCGUCCAAGUCGGCGGGUUUCCGGGAGAUCAAGAAUCAGCACCACCUGGAUGACACAAUGACGCAAUUAAGGAGUCUCCGAUAUCACGGGUACUCGGCCAAACCUUGGGAGGAUGCCCAAGGUAAUGUCAUCUGGCCUUGGAUUAGAAUCCAACUCGCCAAGUUGGUGUUCUCACAGGCGUUUGAGAUGGUGAUGGGAGCGCUAAUUCUCGGAAAUUUGGUACUCAUCUGGUACGAAACGGAUGUCGAUGCAACGUGCUUUCCCGAGUAUGUAUCGGAUUUCGCCAGCUGCCCUACACGCAGUGACACUGUGGGGUGGAUUCCUGCCCUCAAUCUAGCCAUACUCGUGCUCUACUCGCUGGAGUGCUUGGCUCGCGUAUAUGCAGAGCAAUGUCUCUUCUGGUGCAACAAAUGGAAUCUGACAGAUUUCUUCAUCGUACUUUCAGGAUGGUUUGAUUUCAUUUUCGCAGAUGUACUCAGUGUCAACUUGCUGAGAAUGUCCAGGUUGAUUCGCGUCUCGAGGGCAGUUCGCCUGCUUAUUUCCAUCCCUGAGUUUUACCUGCUGAUCAACGGCCUUUACUCUUCGAUCAAGGCCAUCCUAUUCGGCGCACUGAUGCUAGUCGCAAUGAUUGUCGUUUGGGCCGUAGUUGCUGUGCAGCUACUUCAUCCCAUCACGUCCACCCUGGAAAAAUACUACUUACAUUGCGAGAGAUGCCCACGUGGAUUCAGCAGUGUGUUUCAAGCCGGGCUAACUUUGUUCCAGCAGCUCGUAGCUGGCGACUCUUGGGGAACAAUUAACCUGCAACUGGUGGAAGCCGCACCAUGGACAAUGGUCGUUCUCUUCGGGAUGAUGAUGACAAUCACCUUGGGGCUCUUGAACCUAAUUUUGGCAGUAAUCGUUGAACGAGCCGCAGAAGCCCGCGAGAACGAUCAUGAGGAAAAGAUUAAGCAGAAGGAGAACCAGAGAGCUAGAAGCAUGGAAGACCUAGCAAGGCUUUGCGCAACGAUGGAUGCCAACAACAACGGGCUGAUCUCCUUGGUAGAGAUGCAGGAGGGUUAUGACGAUGUCGACGAGUUUGCAAAGCUGAUGCAAGUCAUGGACAUGAAGAGGGAAGACAUGGAGACGGUAUUCAAUGUUAUGGCCGACAAUGUGACUCAAGAAGUCUCGUACUUGGACUUCUGCCAGAGCAUUAGCAGCUUCUUCAAGCGGGAUCCGGUGAUAAUGCAGUCUCUGAUAAAGUUCUCCGUCAUGGAAGUCCGCAAGAUACUCCAGGAGGAGGUCUUGAUGGUCUUGCAGGAGCACACAGCAAUGCUGCAAAAGCUUUUGCCCAGGGAUGCUACUAGCGGCACAUCUCAAGGACUUGACCACUUGCACAGCAGCCUGGGCUUGAAGCAGAGCCAAAGUGUCAGCGCCUCCUGGAGCCGGCCGGUGCCCAUAGCACCGGAGCCGUCGGAAGCAGCGAGACUCUCCUCCUUGACGAUGAGGGACUCAAAGUUGCAGGUGCUCUUGUCCAGAGCGGAAGCAAUAGCCGCCAGUGCGCUCGAUGAAAGCGUAGCUGAGGAGGCUCCGGGUUCCGGUGCUUCCGCUCCUUCCGGUCCUGGCCCGGAUUUGCAGAAAGCCCAAGCUUUGUGCACGAGCUUCCGGGCAAGAGAGCUGGAAGCCUUGCACUUGCAAAAGCAGUGCCACCAAAUCGUGCACCGAUUGAACACGGACCUGCAGCUUUUGGAGCAGGCUCAGCAUAUCCGCCGGCAGCUGUUCCGAGCGCGAGCCAAAGUUGAGGACGCAAAGGGGAGCGCUCAGGACAGAUCUUGCAAAAUACUGCAGUUGGCGCAAGAAACGGAUGGUCUCAUCGAGUCGAGCUUGGCCUCCAAUAACCGAGAGCUUCGAGACCAGAAGGAAGGAUGUGUUGAUGCAGAGAAGGAAGCGGAGGAUGCCUUCGAGGAGCCAGAGCUGAGGGCCCUGGCGGCCCACGCUGAAGAAGCUGAGCGGCGCGAGCGGGAGGCAGUCGAAGAGGUGGAGAGCCUCCGUCAGGCCUUGGAGCGAACUGGGCUCAGGCGGCCGGAGGGCAAGUCCAACCAGCCACUAGCAGCUGUGCUCGAUGCCGUCGCUGGAGGGCUUCCUUUGCAGGAACAGAUGUGCUACGAGUGGUUGCGAAUGUUGCGACACGACAAGCCUGCACACAGCGCUCUAAUGAUUGUCGAGGCAGAGUGCGAUGUUUGGGAAGACCGCCUUCACAGCCUCUUGGCGCCAGAGGCCUGCAAACCAGGCUUCAGGCGGCAGCAGGGCCUCGAUCGCUUGCAAGCGGAGCUAUCGGAUCUGACGUCAGAAGAACGAAUGCGGAAGACUAGUUGCAGCACAUGUCUGCAGCUUCUCUCCCAGAAGGCUGAGCAACACGCUUGGCGUGACUUGGAGGUGGUCUAUGCGCUCGUAGAUGACUUGCGGUGUGCCAAUGACAUGCUCGCCGGGGAAAAGGCCAAAGAGCAGUGGCAGCAGCUGGCUGCUGUUGCCAAGGAGCACCAGGGUCUUCCGCAUCCACAUGGAUCUGUGGAGGCAGGGCUGCCUCCCGGCCCGAAGUUCUUCUCAGUGGCGCAGCUGCUCCAGAGCCAGAGCCAGGACACAGCCCCAGCUGAGCCCGAUGAUCUUCCGAGAAUGCCUCCUGCCGUCCUGUCUCCUGCCGAGUGGGCAACUUCAAGCCCAUGCCAGGCUUCCCAUGGCUUGUCGUUUCUCUAUGGGCCGACCAGCCAAGCUCGGCUUCAGCCCGUCAAGGCUCGCGCCACAUCUCUGGAACAAGGCCGAAGGGCGCAGUACUGCUUCGAGCCGUCCAUAUUCUCUGCAGCAGGAGAUAGCAUAGAACACGCCCGGAGUGUCGAUACGAUGCAGCAAAGCACAGAGCUCCUUCGACAAGUGUUCGAGGAACCCCUUAGUGAAGCCAUUGGCACGCGACGUCCUACGUCGAGCAGUUCCUCACUAGCAGGGCACAAGGUGCCACCCUCACUGGCUGACCGCCCCAGUCGAGCUGGCUGGGUCACGUUUGAAGCACGUGGGGCAGUGAGGCAUCCUUUGCCCGAGGCGGAAGCCGUGCAGAAUGACAUUAUUUCACGGGGAUCUCCACAGCAAGAUGAACACCCGUCGCAAUGGGAUUUCGCUUGGCCGGACAGUGUUGUCCCCCUGACGACGUCGCAACACGGCACACAGGUGGCAGUGCUGCUGCUUUUCGGGACGCAUUGCCUCCUUGCGGACAUACCUUUUCAUGUUUGCCAAGAAGCUGCAGAAGCCAAGAACACUGCGGCCUCAAAGAGGUCAGGUGGAGCGAGCGCACGAUUGACUGCACAGGCCUUGAAACCUAUCAACACCGUCGUUUACGGAAUUCAGGAUCUCAGCAGGCCGUCACAGUCAUCAGCGGAGCCCGACGACACGGCACAACGGCAAGUUCGCGGCUUCCAUUUCAAAGACAUGACAGCAGUUUCGGAGAUGGACGAUGGUCGGGUGAUUGAGUUGCACGCUGACAGCAUCAGCGGCACCCUGGCCUUGCCUCUUUUUUCGGCACCACUUGGGCAGGCAAGUCGGGAUGCACUGGUAUCUGGAUUCCGGUCUGCUCUAGAAGAUGAGAGGAUUGCGUCCUGGUCGGCAUUUUCGAAGACAUUUCGAAGCGAAGAUCAACGUUCGAGGCUUCUGGAACGGCAGGGCGAUGCAGCAGCUGGAGCGGGCUUGCGGAAGCUGGUGGUUUGGGAAGUUGAGCGCAGACUACCCACGGCCUCCGAAUGGAAGACUCCCUUCCUCCCAACGGAUGCUGGACUGACCUGGCGCUGGGUCGACACACGCGGGCGGCGCCACCCGAACCUGUCGCUAGGCUUGACACGUCUGCAAGCUGCGGGCAGCAAGACUCCUCCCUGCAGGAUCGGGAGCCUCUAUCGGCCUACCUCAGACUGGCAGCUUGAAAUCGGACCUGAAACCGACCAUCAUGGAUGGUCGUAUGGCAUGGCUUGGAACUCCUCAAGCUGGGAGGCGGCUCCUAGCCCACUGGAAGUUUUGCGGCGAAGACGUUGGACAAGGACUUUCACUUGA